GGUCUGAUCUUGCUCUUCUACCUAGUUUUUUAUGGGUUCUUGGCUGCACUCUUCACAUUCACAAUGUGGGCCAUGCUCCAGACUCUGAAUGAUGAGGUUCCGAAAUACCGAGACCAGAUUCCUAGUCCAGGACUUAUGGUUUUUCCAAAACCACUGACUGCCUUGGAAUAUACAUACAGCAUGUCUGAGCAGCCUACUUUUGAAAAGUUCACCAAAGACCUGAAGAGGUUCCUAAAGCCAUACUCUGUAGAAGAACAGAAGAAUCUCACAAACUGUCCUGAUGGAAUACUUUUUAAACAGACUGGUCCAGAUUAUCAAGCAUGUCAGUUUCCAGUUUCCUUGCUUCAAGAUUGUAGUGGUGUGAAUGAUGCUGAUUUUGGCUAUUCCAAAGGACAACCUUGUAUUCUUGUGAAAAUGAACAGAAUAAUCGAAUUGAUGCCAGAGGGAUCACCACGGAUAGCAUGUGAGACAAAGGAUGAAACCAUAGCAAAUAUAUCAACUUAUCCUGACUUUGGAGUUAUAGACUUAAAAUAUUUUCCAUACUAUGGGAAAAAACGGCACGUCGGGUACCGACAGCCCCUCGUCGCCGUCCAGGUCCUCUUUGAUUCCAGUGCCACCAAGAAAGAAGCAACCGUUGAGUGCAAAAUCGAUGGAUCACAAAACCUCAAAAACAAGGAUGAACGUGACAAGUUUUUGGGACGAGUUGUGUUCAAAGUCACAGUGCGCCAGUAGGAGUAGGCCUCUCCACGAAUAAAUGUUGUGCUGUCUCCAUUUUGUAUCAGCUGGACCUGCCAUUCUAGGAAUAUGAGGCCACCUUGGAGGAGGUGGUGUGGUACACACACUGGGAUGACAUCAUAACGAGCUUCCAGAUCAUAGUGUUCAGUGUCCUCUGAAGUAACUGCCUGCUGCCUCUGCUGCCCUUUGAACCAGUGUACGGUCGCCAGAUAGGGACCAGUGAGCUCCCAAUUCCAAACAUGCAGAGUGGGGGUCUCAUCUUCUGUGUGUAAUUGCCAAACGUCUAAAGCUUAAUGUGCUAUGCUCUGUAAAUAUUUUAUGGAUUUAACACUGGUAACUGUCAUAUUUUGAUGCCAACCAAGUUUUAGGGAUAAAAUGGUACCUUGCCAACAUCAAGUGACUUUAACUGCAAGAAAUGUGUGAGAAGUUCUGUAUGUGAGGAGGAAAAAAAUAAAAGUGGAUCUGAAAAAAAA